AUGAGCGUAGAAAUUCUAGACAGCGCCACCAUAAUCAACUUCGUGGAAGACGAGGAAGCAUUCGGCGCGUGGAUCAGAGAGCGUUUCAGGCACCUCGACGCCGACCGUGACGGCGUGCUCUCCUAUGCCGAGAUGCUGCAGGAGUUGCACAGCCUCAGAGUCUACGAAACCCACUUCGGGGUCGAUGCGAAACCCGACCCUGACGAACUCUCCCGCCUCUACGGGGCCGUGUUUAUGCAGUUCGAUCGGAACUCAAACGGAGAAGUUGAUUUGGAGGAGUUCAUGGCGGGAACUAAGAGGAUCAUGGUGGCCAUUGCUGAGGGAAUGGGAUUCUUGCCGCUCCAAAUGGCGUUGGAAGAAGAUGGAUUCUUGAUGAAAGCCGUUCGAUCCGAGAAAAGCCGCCAAAGUGGCUGCUAA